CCCCCCCCCCCCCCUAGCGCCGGCAGGGCCGCCCGCCUCGCCAUGGUGCUGCCGCCGCCCGACCGGCGCCACGUCUGCCUCACCACCAUCGUCAUCAUGACCUCCAUGGCCUUCAUGGACGCCUACCUGGUGGAGCAGAACCAGGGGCCCCGCAAGAUCGGCGUCUGCAUCAUCGUGCUGGUGGGGGACAUCUGCUUCCUCAUCGUGCUGCGCUACGUGGCCGUGUGGGUGGGCGCCGAGGUGAAGACGGCCAAGCGGGGCUACGCCAUGAUCCUGUGGUUCCUCUACAUCUUCGUGCUGGAGAUCAAGCUGUACUUCAUCUUUCAGAACUACAAAGCGGACAAGAAGAACCUGGAGACGGUGGCCAGGAAAGCUCUGACCCUGCUGCUCUCCAUCUGCGUGCCGGGGCUCUACCUGGUGCUGGUGGCCUUGGACAGCAUGGAGUACAUACGGACCUUUCGCAAGAAGGAGGACUUGCGGGGGCGCCUCUUCUGGGUGGCCCUCGACCUGCUGGAUAUCCUGGACAUCCAGGCCAACCUGUGGGAGCCGCACAGGACCGGCCUGCCCAUCUGGGCAGAGGGGCUCAUGUUCUUCUACUGCUACAUCCUCCUGCUGAUCCUGCCUUGCGUGUCCCUCAGCGAGAUCAGCAUGCAAGGCGAGCACAUCGCCCCGCAGAAAAUGAUGCUCUACCCCGUGCUCAGCCUGGUCACCAUCAACAUCGUCACCAUCUUCAUCCGGGCCAUCAACAUGAUCCUGUUCCAGGACAGCAGGGUCUCCACCAUCUUCAUCGGCAAGAACAUCAUCGCCAUCGCCACCAAGGCGUGCACCUUCCUGGAGUACAAGCGGCAGGUGAAGGAGUUCCCGCAGAACGCCAUCGCCCUGGAGCUCCAGCAGAACUCGCUGUCGCACAACCAGACCAUGCACGGCGCGCAGGGCAUCCCCCACGAGCCGUCGCCCACCAGCGAGAUCCUGGACACAUGAGGGCUGCCCCGGCCCGGCGCUGGUUCACACGGCCCCGUGCCGAGCGGAGAGGGGCGAUGCUGCUCUGACCAACCCCGGCAGCCAGGGCUCCUCUGGGCACAGCAACGCCCACCGCGUUCCGAUUGAGCUGUGGAGUGUCCUCUAGGCGUCUUCAUCUCAGGUAUAACCCUAGGAGUCCUCCCGAAAAACCAAAUGGACUUGCAAAGCACCUGGACCAGCUGACCCCACCCUCUGUCCCUCCCCUGCCACUAUGUCCCCUCCCGAGCAAAGACCGCUAAGGUUGCAGCAUCCCUUUGUACCCCCUGAGCACCUCACCUUUACUCCAAGCCCGGAUCAAGAUUUUGUUACUGGAGACCUUUUUACGGAGCGGGG